CCGGGGGAUGCCCCGCGGCGGACAGUAGCCCGGCCGCCCGGUGCAUGGCACAGCUAUGGAGGUGGUGGACGAGACGGAGGCUCUGCAGCGCUUCUUUGAAGGCCAUGACAUUAAUGGAGCUCUGGAGCCAUCUAACAUCGACACUAGCAUCCUGGAAGAGUACAUCAGCAAGGAGGACUCACCAGAUAUCUGUUUCCCUGACAUCCCUGCUUCAGCUGGCUAUGCGCACCCCCAGCCCUCCAGCUCAGCUGCCAUCAGUGCGCCUCUUCCCAGCUCCGUCACCAGCGCUGGGCAUGUCACCAACCCCGCUCCCAGCGGUUCCCUCCACCUUCCUCCCCCGGGCAGCCAGAUCCCGAUCCGUCAUGGUCCUCUUCUGGCCAACCCUUGCGGACCCAGCUACGGUGCUCACCUCAACUGCAAUAACAACAAUGGCAUGGUGGUGCCCAAGGGCUACCUUGGUGGCCACUGCCUAAACAACGUGGUCCCUCCAAUCAAAUCGGAGCCCAAGGCCUCCUACGCACCUGGCACUUUACCUGACUCUCCCCCGGACUCUGGAUCAGAAGCCUACUCCCCUCAGCAGGUGAAUGACCCUCACCUCCUUCGGACCAUGACCCCUGAGAACAUGUGCCACAUGACUCCCCCAUCUCGCCUGGAGCACCCCCCUCCGCCGCCGCCUCCGCCACCACCCCCCCCACCUCCCCAGCACAACCCUCACUUCCCCAGCCUGCAGCGGGAUUUGUACAUGAAGGCUGAGCCCCUGAUGCCACCCUACGGCAUCGGGCAGGGCAUGGCGCCGGCCGACCUGCACCAUGCCCAGCAGUCGCAGAUGCUGCACCAGCUACUCCAGCAGCACGGAGCAGACCUCCCGGUGCACCCUGCCAAGAAGAGGAAACACUCUGAGUCGCCCCCCAACACCCUCAAUGCACAGAUGCUCAAUGGGCUGAUAAAGCAGGAGCCAGGUAUGGGGUCCGUGCCGCUCAACCCUGACAGAGUCCAAACGCCUCCCUGGCACCAGCCGGGACCGCUCUCACCAGGCCUGAUUCAGGACAAUGACAGUUUAAAUGGUUCCUACCUGGAUCCCAACUACCAGUCUAUAAAGUGGCAGCCGCAUCAGCAAAACAAAUGGGCAACUCUCUAUGAUGCCAACUACAAAGAACUCCCCAUGCUCACGUACCGCGUCGAUGCUGACAAGGGGUUCAACUUCUCAGUGGGUGAUGACGCCUUUGUGUGCCAGAAGAAGAAUCACUUCCAGGUCACGGUCUACAUCGGCAUGCUUGGAGAUCCCAAGUAUGUGAAGACCCCUGAGGGCCUGAAACCCUUAGAGUGCUUCUACCUGAAGCUGCACGGAGUGAAGUUAGAGGCCUUGAACCAGUCAAUCAACAUAGAGCAGUCGCAGUCUGACCGCAGCAAACGGCCCUUCAACCCUGUCACGGUCAACCUGCCUCCAGAACAGGUCACCAAGGUCACUGUGGGGCGGCUGCACUUCAGUGAGACCACAGCCAACAACAUGCGGAAGAAAGGCAAACCCAACCCAGACCAGAGGUAUUUCAUGCUCGUGGUAGCCCUGCAAGCACACGCACAGAACCAGAACUACACGCUCGCAGCCCACAUUUCUGAGCGCAUCAUCGUUCGAGCCUCCAACCCCGGCCAGUUUGAGAGCGACAGUGACGUGCUCUGGCAGCGGGCACAGCUCCCUGAUACUGUUUUUCACCAUGGCCGGGUUGGCAUCAACACAGACCGCCCCGAUGAAGCCCUUGUGGUCCAUGGCAAUGUGAAGGUCAUGGGUUCACUGAUGCACCCGUCAGACGUCCGAGUGAAGGAGGACAUCCAGGAGGUGGACACCACAGAGCAGCUGAAGAGGAUCUCCCGUAUGCGACUAGUACACUACAACUACAAGCCCGAGUUUGCAGCCACAGUGGGCAUUGACAACACCUCUGAGACAGGUGUCAUUGCACAGGAGGUAAAGGAGAUCCUUCCUGAAGCUGUGAAGGACACUGGGGACCUGGUCUUUUCCAAUGGAAAGACCCUCGAGAACUUCCUGGUAGUAAACAAGGAGCGCAUAUUUAUGGAGAACGUGGGAGCUGUGAAGGAGCUGUGCAAACUGACAGACAACCUGGAGACUCGCAUCGAUGAGCUAGAGAGGUGGAGUCACAAACUGGCCAAGCUCAAACGGCUCGACAGCAUGAAAUCAACUGUGAGCUCUGGGACAUUCAGCCAAGCAGGAAGCCAGUUCAGCCGUGCAGGAAGCAUGCCCCACAAAAAGAGGCCCCACAAAGUAGCCAGCAAGUCACCAUCGGUUGUCCCGGAGCAGGCCUGUAUUAGUCAGCGCUUCCUGCAAGGCACCAUCAUUGCCCUGGUCAUCAUCAUGGCCUUCAGUGUGGUGUCCAUGUCCACACUCUAUGUGCUGAGCUUGCGCAGUGAGGAGGACCUUGUGGACAUCGAUGGGGCAAGCCAGAACUUUGAUAAAACACAGAUGGUGCGAUCCACAGCUGCGUCAGACAGAGCCAGUAGCAAGACCCCCACACAGCACGUCACGGCAAACGUGCUUGACUUGCUCAGCAGUUCACCCGGUCACAGUGUGCUAGCAUGCUUCAACCCACCUUGUUUCUCCAUGUGCUGCUCUGCUGCUCCCACCAACGUCUCCUCCAUUGCCCUCUCUGAGACCAGCCCUACUCAUGCCACUAACAGGACAGACCAAAGUCAGACCUCACUCCUGCCAGUGACAAAUAUCAAAGCCAAAUCCAGGGGUGUCACCGGAAAAGCGACCUCCUACACCAAGUGGCCAAAGACGCCUGACAGGUCUCAGAGCUUCGGCAGCCCCAAUGCCAGCCCCUCCUCCCCCUUCACCCACCUCCAGGGCAAAUCCAAGUACAUCUCCAACCUCUCGCUCUCCCGCAGCAACUCCCCACUGGGGCAGGCCCGGCAGCAGCGCAGUGUCAAGCAGCCGGUGAGCGAGUGGCCCCGCACAGAGGAUCCUAGCACAGAUGGGCCAAGCCCAGUGCUGCACUCCAUCCGGAUCCUGGAGAUCGACAUGGCCAUCCAGUCCCAGUACUGCACAGCCAGCAACGCAUGCAGGACUGGGAACUUCACCUACCGCAUCCCUGUCAGCCAGCUCACAGCAGUGAACACCAACCUGACCCUGGAGAUGAACUCCUCUUCCACGUUGACCGUCUCCCUUUGUGGCCUUGUCUCCAGCGACCCCUGCCAGGAUGCUGUGAGCACAGACACCUCCACCAAUGCCACGGACACGCAGGAAACAACGCACCGUUGGCCUCUCGUGAUGAUGUCUUUCAGGGAGUUCACCUACCACUUCAGAGUAGCACAGCCUGGCCGAGCCAACUGCAGCACUACUCCCGAACAGAUGGGACACCUUUUCACUGACUAUUAUUUUCAGUUUUACUGGCUCUGUGAGUGAGUCCUGGCAGCACCAGUGCCCUCUGGUUGGAGAGAGGAGGGGGACUGGUGACACUGGGGAGACUCCCGUACACCCUCCUCCAAUAGCCCCCAGCCCCAUCUUACCCCCAUCACCUGCUUCAGGCGUGGAGCUGGUUUGGUUGUGGCUGGUGAUGCAGAUACUGAAGCACAGCACACACAGAACAUAGGACCUAAGCCACAGAAACACAACCAGCCUUGCAGUGUCUCCUGGGCUCACCUAGCACCAACUCCCGCCACCCCACACCGCCCCGAACACCUCUCCAUCCCUUAUGGGGACACUUGUGUCUCCCGUCACUUCUCCUGCCCCCUGUGACACUGGAUUUGAAAGCAUUACGCUGGACUGAAUGUGGACAGGUCUGCCACAUCCCAGAGCACGGAUGGGAGCUCCAUCCUGUACUGGCCUAGUGGUCCCAGAUGUGUCACGUCAGUUCUCCGCAACACUGGAAUUGCUCAACACUGGAGCCCUUUCCAAGAGGGAAACGCUGGAGUUUCACCAGGAAAGGAAGGCUGUGCCUGGACGUACUGGAAGUUGUACACUGGAGUUGCUGUUCCUUCUAGUUGGCCCAGGGCCAUCCCCUGCAGCCCCCCUCCACAGACCCCUGGAGACCCCAGGACCCCUGAACCGACCAUUCUCUGCGGACAGCAAGAGAAGGUGCAGCUUCCACGUUUGCCCUGCCUGUCCCCCUCUCCUCACUGUACUCUGUCACUGUAUCCAGGUCUGGAUGGAUAAAGGUAAGAACUCCACUGAAGAUGCUGCUGAGGCUGUGCCCAGGCCAAACCACAUGUGGGGACGCUUGCUAUCAACCCAUGGGAGAAAAAUUACCCCAAGCCACCUGUGUUAAGUGUCAUGGGGACCUGUUUCCUUCAUUUGCCAGCAGCAUGUGGCCUCUCACAGGGCAUGUGGAGCUGCCCAGUCGUCUCUUGAGUCAACGCAGCCACUCCACCCAGAUGUGGUGAGAACGACCACCGGCAACACCCAGCGCGCCCUGCAGAGCCAGGCUGGGUCGCUGGGGAUGCAUGGUGUGGUCUCAAUGCACCACCAGGCUAACGGAUCUCUGCCAGGCACUGGCAAAAAGAGGCUGAUUUUCUCCCACUAAGGAGGAGACAGCAGUGACUGUGGGUCCUCGCUGUCACCGUUCUCAGAAGGCAGUGAUGUUGAGUGUACUUUGGGUAUUUUUACUGUUACAAGUUCUUAACUUGCUAAACUACUGAAUUUUUUUUUUAAAGCCGUAUAAAAAUGGGUCUCUUAAUUCUGUCCCUGUUGAGCUAUGUGUCUCACAUAGGAAACCAAAGGGGGCCACUGCUAAGCUCCACGUUAAAGCUUGACUGCUACAGCGGUGCCGGGACAUGUCGGAGUGAUCAGCGCUCAUGCGUCCUGCCCCAGCCCCUCUCGCUGAAGAAGGAGCCCUCUGCACUCCUGGAGGCUGAGCCACCACCGGGUCCAUACAGCCGUGACUCAUUUUUCUAAGGAAGCAGCAGCCACUGCUGUGGAAGGGCAGUGAGGGGGAAACACCACUCUCCAGUCCUGGAGGAAACUCUAAAGCUGGCUUCAGAGAAGAGCAACCUUGGCCCUUGCGGUCCCAUCGCUGGACACAGGCAGCUCAAACCAAACUGCUUUUGGGAAACUGCAUCAGGCUCUGGCUGCUGCAUUUUGUUCCUGUCAGUGGAGAUGGAUGCAGCAAUCCCUCUGCCACCACCAGCUGGCUCAGCUGCUCCAGAGAAAGAAGCUGCAAAGAUGUUUUAGCCAAUAGAGAGUUGGUUCCUGCGUGCACCUCGUGGGACCCUACACUGCCUUCCCUCCCCAGCCUGCUUCAGAGCUCCCUUCUGAGUUUGUCCCAGCAGAGCAGCCAUAGCCUUGCACUUCCUUGCAGCAUCACUGGGAGUUUGUGUCCCUGCCUCCAGAGGACUUGGCCCUUUCCUUUAUUUGCAGGGCAGAUGCGAGGUCAGGUCUUCAUUCCCAUGCUGUGCCUGUGGGCAGCAAACAGUGAACUACAUCGGUGAUGCGCUCCAGUUACUAAAAUGCACUGAAGCCUGGACAGCCAGGAAACGGAGGGUGAGCAGGGAGUGCCAGGCAGCCAAGUGGGAAUGAAGCUCACGAAGGCCUUCUGCCCCAGUUUGGGGAGCUUGGAGAGAGAGCAAGAGGUCCAAAGGCAUAGGAGUACCUAUGCACAAACAGGUCAGUCAGCUCCACUUCCAGCAGGAUUUUCUGCUGCCUGCAGCUGGUAGGGAAACCCUCCAGCGUAGUGCUCCAGAGAGGAUGCUCGAUGCUCUUCUCUCCACCUGCCCUAGGCAUUUUUGCCCAGCCUUAACCCGUGAAGUUGCUUUCUUGGCAGCUUUUACUCUCCAGUUGGCAAUCAGUGGCCCAGGCUGGCAAGUCCUUACUGAGGCGAGCGAUGCCCUGUGCUCCUCGAGGUCUGCUCAGCGGAGAGGUAGCCUUCUCAGACCCAGCCACUGUUUUCCCUUACUGCCAAACUGGGCUCAAUGCCCAUGCUCUUUUUCAGCCCCCGCAGAGGCAAUGGGCGGUGCCGUGAGGGCCAGAGCUGAAAGCGCUGCCUGCAAUCCCCACCACCGACCCCCCUCACUGAUGGUCAUGGCCGAGGGCAGCCGAGAGCCAGGCGUGCUUCUCCCCUGCCGCAAGGGAAGCUGCUCCGAGGGGGAAGAAAGCAAUCAAUCACUGGAAACGCUACCAGUGGUGGCCCAGGAGGAGAUGGAGUCUCUCAGGUGUCCCUGCAAUGCUUAGCCAUGGGGUUUACCAGGGCCCCGGCGAACCAAGUGCCUAAGGGCUAUGGGAACAUCUCUAGUGCCUUUUUCUGCUAACAGGACUGUACAAGGGAACGGUGGUUUCCCAUGCGUGUACUGAAUGCUGCGUGCCUCAAAAACAGUGGCCAGUUAGCUCAAUAAAUGAGGGGAGGCAAUACCUAAUGUGCAAGGGGUGGUCUGAGCCCCCAUACAGUUGUUUUACAGCAGAAAAACACAUGGGCUGACAGCGAUCCACAGUAUCAGAGAUUCAGAAUGCCAUCUUCGGCAUCUUAUGUUGCUGAAAACCGUAUCUUUUGUCUUAAAGUACAUCACAAAUCACACACCAGCUCCACGGGCAGCUGCACAGCAGUAUGACAGCAAGGCAGGAACGAGCUCAGAGGGGUUUUGUAGUGAUGGAAGGGUCAUAGGAUUGCUUCUAAGCCCACAGAAACAGCUGUUUGCACAGACUGCCCCUAGAGGUUCCCGCCCUACCCACCGGUAACUACAGAUGUGUUCCCCAUCCCCAAUCAGUAACAAGAGAGUUAACAAUCAGGCCUUUCCCUGCAUGAGACGGAGGGAGCUCUGAGCCAAUGUCUCCAGCCUUACAGCCUGGGGAAAACCCUCUCUUCAGCUGGAAACAAGAUGCUUCAUCUCUCUAGACAUUCUUGGCAGGAAGGAAGACGAGCAUGGAUACGAGGCCACUUGCCAAAGUUUGGCUGUUUCGGAGUUUGUUUCAAAAGCAAAUUCACAAACAUUCUGUCCUACUGUUAGAGCUUAAAGCCUGUAAAUAGAGACUAUGCCACCACUGCAAGAAUUAAGAAAAAAAAAAGUAAAGCACUAAUUUGUUUGGUUUAAAUGUUGCUGUCACAGCUUUAAUCACUGUAUAUUGCCAGCAAGUUUGUAGAAUUGCCUUCUUAGCAGGUAUUAUUGAUUAUCGGUUUUUAUUUGUGGGAAACAAGCGUGGUUUCCCUCCUUUCUUUCUGAUUUAUAUUUAUAUUUUGCCGAAUUUGAGUGCUGAGUCUCCGGAUCCCCCACUUUUUUGUUUGGCUUAUUUAGACUUUGUUUUAUGCUCGAGGUAAAUAUGCCCAUAUAAAUAAAUAUAUAAAUACUGCUUUGUAUCCAA